CCCGCGCGUAUGUGUGUGAGUGCGUGUCCUGCUCGCUCCAUGUUGCCGCCUCUCCCGGUACCUGCUGCUGCUGCUCCCGGGGCUGCGGGAAAUGCGAGAGGCUGAGCCGGGGAGGAGGAACCCGAGCAGCAGCGGCGGCGGCGGCGGCCGCGGCGGCGGCGGCGGCGGCGGGAGGAGCCCCCCAGGAGGAGGACCGGGAUCCAUGUGUCUUUCCUGGUGACUAGGAUGUCGUCGGAGGAGGACAAGAGCGCGGAGCAGCCGCAGCCGCCGCCACCACCCCCCGAGGAGCCCGGAGCCCCGGCCCCGAGCCCCGCAGCCGCAGACAAAAGACCUCGGGGCCGGCCUCGCAAAGAUGGCGCUUCCCCUUUCCAGAGAGCCAGAAAGAAGCCUCGAAGUAGAGGAAAAACUACCGUGGAAGAUGAGGACAGCAUGGAUGGGCUGGAGACAACAGAAACAGAAAAUAUUGUGGAAACAGCAGAAAUCAAAGAACAAUCAGCAGAAGAGGAUGCUGAAGCAGAAGUGGACAACAGCAAACAGCUGGUCCCAGCCCUUCAGCGCUCUGUGUCUGAGGAAUCUGCAAGCUCCCUGGUCUCUGUUGGUGUCGAAGCCAAAAUCAGUGAACAGCUCUGUGCUUUUUGUUAUUGUGGUGAAAAAAGUUCAUUGGGACAAGGAGACUUAAAACAGUUUCGAGUAACACCUGGAUUUAUUUUGCCAUGGAAAAACCAGCCUUCUAACAAGAAGGACGUUGAUGACAACAGCAAUGGAACCUGUGAGAAAAUACAAAACUCAGCACCACGAAAACAAAGGGGACAGAGAAAGGAACGAUCUCCUCAGCAGAAUAUAGUGUCUUGUGUAAGUGUAAGCACUCAGACUGCUUCAGAUGAUCAGGCUGGUAAAUUAUGGGAUGAACUCAGUCUGGUUGGCCUUCCAGAUGCCAUUGAUGUCCAAGCCUUAUUUGAUCCUACAGGCACUUGUUGGGCUCAUCACCGCUGUGUGGAGUGGUCACUGGGGGUGUGCCAGAUGGAAGAACCAUUGCUAGUUAACGUGGACAGAGCUGUUGUCUCAGGGAGCACAGAACGAUGUGCAUUUUGUAAGCACCUUGGAGCCACUAUCAAAUGCUGUGAAGAGAAAUGUACCCAGAUGUACCAUUAUCCUUGUGCUGCUGGCGCCGGCACCUUUCAGGAUUUCAGUCACUUCUUCCUUCUUUGUCCAGAACACAUUGACCAAGCUCCCGAGAGAUCAAAGGAAGAUGCAAACUGUGCAGUGUGCGACAGCCCGGGAGACCUCUUAGAUCAGUUCUUUUGUACUACUUGUGGUCAGCACUAUCAUGGAAUGUGCCUGGAUAUAGCGGUUACUCCAUUAAAACGUGCAGGUUGGCAAUGUCCUGAGUGCAAAGUGUGCCAGAACUGCAAACAAUCGGGAGAAGAUAGCAAGAUGCUAGUGUGUGAUACGUGUGACAAAGGGUAUCAUACUUUUUGUCUUCAACCAGUUAUGAAAUCAGUACCAACCAAUGGCUGGAAAUGCAAAAAUUGCAGAGUAUGUGUAGAGUGUGGCACGCGGUCUAGUCCUCAGUGGCACCACAAUUGCCUGGUAUGUGACAGUUGUUACCAACAGCAGGAUAACUUAUGUCCUUUCUGUGGGAAGUGCUACCAUCCAGAACUGCAGAAAGACAUGCUCCAUUGUAAUAUGUGCAAAAGAUGGGUUCACUUAGAAUGUGACAAACCAAUAGAUCAUGACCUGGACUCUCAGCUCAAGGAAGAGUACAUCUGUAUGUAUUGUAAACACUUAGCAGCUGAGAUGGACCCGUUACAGCCAGGGGAUGAGGUGGAGAUGGCUGAACUCACUGCAGAUUAUAACAAUGACAUGGAAGUCGAAGGCCCCGAAGACCAGGUGGUGUUUCUGGAGCGAGCGGUGAAUAAAGAUGCCUGUGGCCAGGCGUCCAUACCUGGAAUUGUUCCAGAUGCUGUUCAGCCCCGCCCUGGAGAGCCGCAGAGGAGUGACCAACCAGGAAGCCCUGACACACGUGGACUUCUCAUUUCUGACCCAUCCCCAGAUAAAAUGAAUCCUGAAUUGGAAAAUCAGAUUUCUCGUGAAGGUGAUAGUGAAAAAAUGGAAAUGUCCUCUAAAGGGCUGCAUGCUUGUGGUGAAGAUCAAAAUAAAAACAGGAUGGACGUGACAGAAAGCGUGGAAGUCCUUGCUCCCCAGAUCCACGUGCAGCCGGAGAAACUGCUGUUAGAGGAACCUCAAGCGGCUGCAUCCACAGAAGAAUCCAGACCUGCAGCCAUCGUCAUGGAACCUGUCACUGUUCCGCCAGAAACCAUCGAGCCCCCGUGUGGGGAUAGUUCUUUAUGUUCAAAGGAACAGUGCACUCUAGAAAGGGUACAAGACGAAACGGGACAGAAAGAAAAUUCCGAACCUUCUACGGCUUCUGUGGACUUUGAAAUGGCUCCUGCAGUGGAGAGUUGUGUGAAAGACGGUUUAUGCCAGGAAGACAAAUCUGUGAAAUUACCGUCUGAGACGGAGUCAUCCUUUUCAGCAGCAGCGGACUUGAGCAAGGCAAAUGCGUCUUCCAUUCCAGCACUUUCUUCAGACUUGCCUUCCCAUGACGUGCUGCACGGUUACCCUUCAGCUCUCAGUGCUUCUGUUGGAAACAUCAUGCCAACAACUUACAUCUCAGUCACUCCAAAAAUUGGCAUGGGCAAACCAGCUAUUACCAAAAGAAAGUUUUCUCCUGGUAGACCUCGGUCCAAGCAGGGGGCUUGGAGUACCCAUAAUACAGUGAGCCCACCUUCCUGGUCCCCAGACAUUUCAGAAGGUCGGGAAAUUUUUAAACCCAGGCAGCUUCCUGGCAGUGCCAUUUGGAGCAUCAAAGUGGGCCGCGGGUCAGGAUUUCCGGGAAAGCGGAGACCUCGUGGUGCGGGACUGUCGGGACGAGGCGGCAGAGGCAGAUCCAAGUUGAAAAGUGGAAUUGGGGCGGUUGUGUUACCCGGGGUGUCUGCUACAGAUAUUUCAUCAAAUAAGGAUGAAGAAGAAAACGCUAUGCACAAUACAGUUGUGCUGUUUUCUAGUAGUGACAAGUUCACUUUGCAUCAGGAUAUGUGUGUGGUUUGUGGCAGUUUUGGCCAAGGAGCGGAGGGAAGAUUGCUGGCCUGUUCUCAGUGUGGUCAGUGUUACCAUCCAUACUGCGUCAGUGUUAAGAUCACCAAGGUGGUUCUCAGCAAAGGUUGGAGGUGUCUUGAGUGUACCGUGUGUGAGGCCUGUGGGAAGGCGACUGACCCCGGACGACUCCUGCUGUGUGACGAUUGCGACAUCAGCUAUCACACCUACUGCCUGGACCCUCCACUGCAGACAGUUCCCAAGGGAGGCUGGAAGUGCAAAUGGUGUGUGUGGUGCCGACACUGUGGAGCCACGUCUUCGGGUCUGAGAUGCGAGUGGCAGAACAACUACACGCAGUGCGCCCCCUGUGCGAGCCUGUCCUCCUGCCCCGUCUGCUGUCGGAACUACAGGGAGGAGGACCUCAUCCUGCAGUGCCGACAGUGUGAUAGAUGGAUGCAUGCAGUUUGUCAAAACUUGAAUACUGAAGAGGAAGUGGAAAAUGUGGCUGACGUCGGUUUUGACUGUAGCCUGUGCAGACCCUAUAUGCCUACAUCAAAUGUGCCUUCCUCAGACUGCUGUGAAUCUUCACUUGUAGCACAAAUCGUCACAAAAGUGAAAGAGCUAGACCCACCCAAGACCUACACCCAGGAUGGGGUGUGUUUGACGGAAUCAGGGAUGACCCAGUUACAAAGCCUCACAGUCACUGUUCCAAGAAGAAAACGGUCAAAACCAAAGUUGAAAUUGAAGAUCAUAAAUCAGAAUAGCGUGGCUGUCCUUCAGACACCUCCGGACAUCCAGUCGGAGCAUUCCCGGGACGGCGAAAUGGACGAUAGUCGAGAAGGAGAGCUUAUGGAUUGUGAUGGAAAAUCAGAAUCUAGUCCCGAACGGGAAGCUGUGGAUGAUGAAACAAAGGGAGCAGAAGGAACAGAGGGCAUCAAAAAGAGGAAAAGGAAACCGUACAGACCAGGUAUUGGUGGAUUUAUGGUGCGGCAAAGAAGUCGAACUGGGCAAGGAAAAACCAAAAGAUCUGUCAUCAGAAAAGAUUCCUCAGGCUCCAUUUCUGAGCAGUUACCCAGCAGAGAUGAUGGCUGGAGUGAGCAGUUACCAGAUACUCUAGUUGAUGAAUCCGUUUCUGUUACUGAAAACACUGAAAAAAUAAAGAAAAGAUAUCGAAAAAGGAAAAAUAAGCUUGAAGAAAUUUUUCCUGCCUACUUACAGGAAGCUUUCUUUGGAAAAGAUCUUCUAGAUACAAGUAGACAAAACAAGCUAAGUUUAGAUAAUCUAUCAGAAGAUGCAGCUCAGCUUUCAUAUAAAACAAACAUGAACACAAAUUUCUUGGACCCUUCCUUAGAUCCACUACUCAGUUCGUCCUCAACGCCAGCAAAACCUGGAACUCAUGGUACUGCUGAUGACGCCUUAGCCGACAUUUCCGAAGUCUUAAACACAGAUGAUGACAUUCUUGGAAUAAUUUCAGAUGACCUGGCGAAAUCAGUUGAUCAUUCAGGUCUUGAUUUAUGCACUUUCCAGGUUGAGAGCUCACCUUGUCCAUUUGCUGGAAUAGACAUUGGGCCUGAUGCUCAUGACCCUUCUCUGCCUCAGCCAAGUGUCAAUCAGAGUUCACGACCCUUGAGUGAAGAGCAGCUUGACGGCAUCCUCAGUCCUGAGCUAGACAAAAUGGUCACAGAUGGAGCAAUUCUUGGAAAGUUAUAUAAAAUCCCAGAGCUUGGAGGAAAGGACGUGGAGGACCUGUUUACGGCGGUGCUCAGCCCCGCAGCCGCGCAGCCUCCCCCUGCCCCUGCGCCACAGCUGCUGCCCAUGCACAGUCAGGAUGUUUUUUCACGGAUACCACUCAUGAAUGGCCUUAUUGCACCCGGUCCUCACCUCCCACAUAACUCUCUGCCUGCUGGAAGCGGAUUGGGAACCUUCCCUUCUGUCGCACCGUCUCCCUACGCUGAUGCCAGGGAUAAAAAUCCAGCCUUUAAUCCAAUGGCAAGUGAUCCUAAUGGCUCUUGGACAUCCUCGGCGCCCACCAUGGAAGGAGAAAAUGAUACAAUGUCAAACGCCCAGAGGAGCACACUCAAGUGGGAGAAGGAGGAGGCCCUGGGCGAAAUGGCAACGGUGGCCCCCGUGCUCUACACUAAUGUUAAUUUCCCCAACCUCAAGGAGGAGUUCCCCGACUGGACUACGCGAGUGAAGCAGAUCGCCAAGUUGUGGAGAAAAGCAAGCUCGCAGGAAAGAGCACCAUACGUGCAAAAAGCCAGAGAUAACAGAGCUGCUUUACGAAUUAAUAAAGUACAGAUGUCAAAUGAUUCCAUGAAGAGGCAGCAGCAGCAAGACAGCAUCGAUCCCAGCUCGCGUAUUGAUUCAGAUCUUUUCAAAGACCCACUAAAGCAAAGAGAAUCAGAACAUGAACAGGAAUGGAAAUUCAGACAGCAAAUGCGUCAGAAGAGUAAGCAGCAGGCCAAAAUUGAAGCCACUCAGAAACUGGAGCAGGUGAAGAAUGAGCAGCAGCAGCAGCAGCAACAGCAGCAGCAGCAGUUUGGCCCUCAGCCUCUCCUGGGUCAGUCUGGCUCGGACACACCGAGCAGUGGGAUACAGAGCCCCUUGACCCCCCAGCCUGGCAAUGGAAGUAUAUCUCCUGCACAGUCGUUCCAUAAAGACCUGUUUACAAAGCAGCCGCCCAGCACCCCUGCCUCUGCAUCAUCAGAUGAUGUGUUUGUAAAGCCGCAAGCCCCCCCUCCUCCCCCCGCGCCAUCCCGGGUUUCCAUCCCAGAGAGCCUGUCCCAGUCCCAGGCUUCUCAGCCACCUUCCCCGCAGGUGUUCUCACCUGGAUCUUCUAACCCCCGGCCACCAUCUCCAGUGGACCCUUAUGCGAAAAUGGUUGGUACCCCAAGACCACCUCCUGGGGGCCAUGGCUUUUCCAGAAGAAAUUCCGCGUUGGUGGAAACCUCUGCACCUUUAUCAUCAGUGUCUCGGCCCAUGAGCGAGACGCCGGCGAGUCGGCCAUCCCCAGUCAGAGAUGUGUGCUCUUCCUCCGCAGCAAGCAGUGACCCCUAUGCAAAGCCUCCAGACACGCCUCGGCCUGUGAUGGCAGAUCCGUUUCCCAAACCCUUGGGCCUACCCCGGUCUCCUAUAGUUUCUGAGCAAACUGCAAAAGGCCCUCUUGCAGCUGGAGCCAAUGACCACUUCACUAAACCAUCUCCCAGGGCAGAUGCAUUUCAAAGACAAAGGAUACCUGACCCCUAUGGGCGACCCUUGUUGACACCUGCACCUCUUGAUAGUGGUUCUGGACCUUUUAAAACGCCCAUGCAGCCCCCGCCAUCCUCCCAGGAUCCUUAUGGAUCAGUGUCACAGGCACCAAGGCGAUUGCCUAUGGACCCUUAUGAGAGGCCUGCUUUGACGCCACGACCUGUAGAUAACUUUUCUCACAACCAGUCAGGUGAUCCGUAUAGCCAGCCUCCCCUAACCCCACAUCCGGCAAUGAAUGAAUCUUUCACCCAUCCUUCAAGGGCUUUCCCCCAGCCUGGAACCAUAUCAAGGCUCGCAUCUCAGGAUCCAUACUCCCAACCUCCAGGAACUCCACGUCCUGUUGUUGAUUCUUACUCCCAGCCCUCAGGAACAUCUCGCUCCAACCCAGACCCUUACUCUCAACCUCCUGGAACUCCCCGGCCCACCACGAUUGACCCGUAUAGUCAGCAGCCACCAACCCCAAGACCGCCUGCACAGGCCGACUUGUUGGUUCCACCUGCAGCGAAUCAGAGGCAUUCGGAUCCAUAUGCUCAUCCUCCUGGAACACCAAGACCUGGAAUUUCUGUUCCUUACUCUCAACCACCAGCAACACCAAGGCCAAGGGUUUCAGAGGGUUUUACUAGGUCUUCAGUGACAAGACCAGUCCUCAUGCCAAAUCAGGACCCUUUCCUGCAGGCAGCACAGAAUCGAGGACAAGCUUUACCUGGCCCCUUGGUACGGCCCCCUGACGCGUGUUCCCAAGCAGCUAGGCCACCCGGACCUGGGCUUUCAGACACGUUCAGCCGUGUUUCCCCAUCUGCUCCCCGUGAUCCCUAUGAGCAGCCACCCAUGACUCCAAGAUCUCAGUCUGAUUCUCUGGGACCGAGUCAGGUCGCUCACGAUGUUGCUGACCAGCCGCGGCCUGGAUCAGAGGGGACCUUGGGUGCACCUUCCAACUCUCCAGUGAAUUCUCAAGGCCACCAGUUCCCUGCUGUCUCCCAACUCCCUGGACCUGCACCGACCUCGGGAGUCACCGAUACACAGAAUACUGUAAAUAUGUCUCAAGCUGAUACCGAGAAAUUGAGACAGCGACAGAAGUUACGUGAAAUCAUCCUCCACCAGCAGCAGAAGAAGAUGGCAGGUCGACAGGAGAAGGCCUCCCAGGAUCCAGGAGCAGUGCCUCCCCCGGCCCCCCUGCAGCACUGGCAGCCGGAGAGCAUCGGGCCCGCUUUCACUAGGCCUCCGCCCCCCUAUCCCGGGAGCAUCAGGUCCCCUGUUGUUCCUCCUCUGGGACCGAGAUACACAGUUUUCCCCAAAGACCCCCGUGGACCCUAUCCUCCUGAUGUUACUGGAGUGGGAAUGAGGCCUCAGGGAUUUAGAUUUGGAUUUCCAGGAGGAAGUCAUGGUCCCUUGUCAAGUCAGGAACGCUUCCUUAUGCCUCCUCAACAAAUACAAGGAUCUGGAGUUCCUCCACAGCUGAGAAGGUCAAUGUCUGUAGAUAUGACUAGGCCUCUAAAUAACUCACAAAUGAAUAACCCAGUUGGACUUCCUCAGCAUUUUCCACCGCAGAGCCUGCCAGUUCAGCAGCAUAACAUACUGGGCCAAGCAUUUAUCGAGUUGAGGCACAGGGCCCCCGAUGGAAGGCCACGGAUGCCCUUCACCGCCUCUCCAGGCAACAUGAUAGAGGCACCUUCCCAUCCAAGACAUGGGAGCUUCGUUCCCCGACCAGACUUCCCAGGCCCAAGACACACAGACCCAGUGAGACGGCCUUCCCAGGCUCUCCCUCAUCAGCUGCCUGUGCAUCCCAGUUUGGAACAAGUGCCGCCAGCUCCGCAAGAGCAAAGCCAUCCCGUCCACCCGUCUUCUGUGCUCAUGAGGUCUCUGAGUCAUCCCUUGGGAGGUGAAUUUCCGGAGGCCCCUCUGUCAGCGUCUGCACCAGCUGAAGCAGCGCCUGAUGAUUUGCAGAUAAGCGCCCAGUCUUCCGACGGGCUCGAGGAAAAGCUGGACCCUGAUGACCCCUCAGUUAAAGAACUGGAUGUGAAAGACCUCGAGGGGGUUGAAGUCAAAGACUUGGAUGAUGAAGACCUUGAAAAUUUAAAUCUAGAUACAGAGGAUGGCAAGGGCGAUGAGUUAGAUACCUUAGGUAAUUUGGAAACUAACGAUCCUAACCUGGACGACCUCUUAAAGUCUGGAGAAUUUGACAUCAUUGCAUAUACAGAUCCGGAACUGGACUUAGGAGAUAAGAAAAGCAUGUUUAACGAGGAGCUCGACCUCAGUGUUCCAAUCGAUGAUAAGUUAGAUAGUCAGUGUGUAUCUCUUGAACCCCCCAAAAAGGAGCAGGAAGACAAAACUGUGGUUCCUUCCGAUAAGCCUUCUCCUUGGAAAAAAUCCAUGGUCACCAGUGAGAUAAAAACAGAAGUACUGUCUCCAAAUUCUAAAGGGGAAUCCAACUGUGAAAGUGAGAAAAGUGAAGCGUGUAGAGACCACGUGGACGCCCCCUGCCCCGGGGCCUCUGCUCACACAGCCACAAAUGAUGGGGAGAAAGCUUCCUUGCAGUCUUGUGAUACGGAGCUCCUUGAGAAAAGAGCCGACGGAGAAACCACCGGCUCCAACACAGGUGGUGGUUGUGGGCCUGCUCACUUGCCUGCCGAAGAUGUGAUAAACCCUUGCGGGAUAACGGGAUCGACUCCAGUUCUCUCAAGUUUACUCGCUAAUGAGAAAUCUGAUAACUCAGACACGAGGCCGUCGGGGUCUCCACCUCCAACUCUGCCGGCCUCACCACCCAGUCAUGUGUCAAGUUUGCCUCCUCCCCUCAUGACACCACCUGGUCAUGGUCUGGAUAACACCAUGAAUUCCAGUGUGACGGCGGUCCCUAGAUUAAACCAUACUUUCCCUCCGGGUAUGCAGGUAAACCCGGGAUUCCUCCAGGGCCAGUCACCAGUAAACCACGCUUUUGGAACAGGAAAACCUACAAAUCAGACUGUCCCUCUGACAAGUCAGUCUGGUACCGGCGGCAUGUCGGGACCCCAGCAGCUAAUGAUUCCUCAGACGUUAGCCCAGCAGAAUAGAGAGAGGCCCCUCCUCCUGGAGGAGCAGCCUCUCCUUCUGCAGGAUCUUUUGGACCAGGAGCGGCAGGAACAGCAGCAGCAGAGACAGAUGCAAGCCAUGAUUCGUCAGCGGUCGGAACCAUUCUUCCCCAACAUCGAUUUUGAUGCAAUUACAGAUCCUAUAAUGAAAGCCAAAAUGGUGGCUCUUAAAGGCAUAAAUAAAGUAAUGGCACAAAACAAUAUGGGCAUGCCGCCGAUGGUUAUGAACAGGUUCCCCUUCAUGGGCCCGCCGGUGCCUGGCGCACACCCUGGUGAAGGGCAGAAUGUCCUGCCCCAGACAGUGACGCAGGAUGGCAGUAUAACACAUCAGAUUUCUAGGCCUAAUCCUCCAAAUUUUGGUCCAGGCUUUGUCAAUGAUUCACAGCGUGAGCAGUAUGAAGAAUGGCUUCAGGAGACCCAGCAGCUUCUUCAGAUGCAGCAGAAAUACCUUGAAGAACAAAUUGGUGCACACAGAAAAUCUAAGAAGGCCCUUUCAGCUAAACAGCGCACUGCCAAGAAAGCCGGGCGUGAGUUUCCAGAAGAGGAUGCAGAACAACUCAAGCACGUCACUGAACAGCAGAGCAUGGUUCAGAAACAGUUGGAGCAGAUUCGUAAGCAGCAGAAGGAGCAUGCCGAGCUGAUUGAGGAGUAUCGGAUCAAGCAGCAGCAGCAGCAGCAGCAGCAGCAGCGAGCAAUGGCCCCACCCACCGUCAUGCCAGGCGUCCCACCCCAGCCGCCCCUAGUUCCAGGCGCGCCCCCCCCUUCCAUGAGCCAGCCCAGCUUUCCCUUGGUGCCACCACAGCUGCAGCACCAACAGCACACAGCAGCUAUUUCUGGCCACACCAGCCCUGCCAGAAUGCCCAGUUUACCUGGAUGGCAGCCUGCCAAUGCUCCUUCUCACCUCCCCCUCAAUCCUCCUAGGAUUCCGCCUCCAGUUGCCCAGUUACCAAUAAAAGCUUGCACACCAGCCCCAGGGACCGUGUCAAAUGCAAAUCCACAGAGUGGACCCCCACCACGGGUGGAAUUUGAUGACAACAACCCCUUCAGUGAAAGUUUUCAAGAACGAGAACGCAAGGAACGUUUACGGGAACAGCAGGAAAGACAGCGCAUCCAGCUCAUGCAGGAAGUAGACAGACAGAGAGCUUUGCAGCAGAGGAUGGAAAUGGAGCAGCACAGCAUGAUGGGCCCUGAGCUCAGUGGUAGGACUCCUGUGUCCCAGAUCCCAUUCUACGGUUCUGACCUGCCUUGUGAUUUUAUGCAACCUCCAAGGCCCCUCCAGCAGUCUCCGCAGCACCAACAGCCAAUGGGGCAGGUUUUACAGCAGCAGAAUAUACAGCAGGGAUCUGUUAACUCACCUCCCACCCAAAAUUUCAUGCAAACCAACGAGCGAAAGCAGAUAGGACCUCCCUCCUUUGUUCCCGAUUCUCCGUCAGUUCCCGGUGGCAGCCCGAACUUCCAUGCUGUGAAGCAGGUCCACGGUGGUCUUCCCGGGGCCAGCUUCCAGCCGUCCCCCGCGAGGCCUCCUUUUACACCUGCUUUACCCCCAGCACCUCCAGUGGCUUCUAACAGCCUUCCGUGUGGCCAAGAGCCUGCCGUGACUCAUGGACAGAGUUACCCAGGAUCCGCCCAGUCCCUCAUUCAGCUGUACUCCGAUAUCAUCCCAGAGGAGAAGGGGAAGAAGAAAAGAACGAGGAAGAAGAAGAAGGACGAUGAUGCGGAGUCUGCCAAGGCUCCCUCCACCCCCCAUUCGGAUAUAACUGCCCCGCCGACGCCGAGCGUCUCCGAAACUACCUCCACGCCCACGGUGAACACGCCCAGCGAGCUUCCUCAGCAAGCAGACCCCGAGCCGGCGGAACCAGGCGGCCCGUCGACUCCUGACACGGCAGCAGGCCCGCUGUGUGCGGAGCCAGAGAACAAGCUGCCCGGCAGUGACUUCUCACAGCAGACCUAUGCAAGUCCAGAGGUGGAUAAGCUCCCCAUCGAAACCCCUGCUUCCAUCAAAGAGAUUAAACUGGAGACGGCGGAGCGGGAGCCAAGCCCCGGCCAAGACGGAGCUGAGGCGGAGGAGCGCCCUGGGGGUCAGGCCCAGGAGAAGGCUGCAGCCGGAGCCGCCCCCACGGGGCAGAGCCCACCCCGACCUGCAGGGACCCCCGCUGCCAAAGGCGAUUCGGGCAAUGAGCUUCUGAAGCACCUGCUGAAAAAUAAAAAGGCAUCUUCCCUUCUAAAUCAGAAGCCCGAAGGUGGAUUUUGCUCAGAAGAUGACUGUGCGAAGGAUAACAAACUAACUGAGAGGCAGAACCCAGCCGAAGUGCCAACUUUGGGGGCUCAAAUGCAAGGUGGUUUUGGAUGUGGUAACAACCAGUUGCCAAAAACAGACGGAGGAAGUGAAACCAAGAAGCAGCGAAGCAAACGGACGCAGAGGACUGGGGAGAAGGCAGCACCUCGGUCAAAGAAAAGGAAAAAGGAAGAAGAGGAGAAGCAAGCUAUGUACUCUUCCACUGAGACCUUUACGCACCUGAAACAGCAGCUCUCUCUGCUCCCUCUAAUGGAACCAGUCAUUGGAGUGAACUUUGCCCACUUUCUUCCUUACGGCAGUGGCCCGUUUAAUAGUGGGAAUCGACUUCUAGGAGCUUUUGGCAGUGCUACCCUUGAAGGGGUUUCGGAUUACUAUUCUCAGUUGAUCUACAAGCAGAAUAAUUUAAGUAAUCCUCCAACACCCCCUGCCUCUCUUCCUCCUACACCACCUCCUAUGGCUUGUCAGAAGAUGGCAAAUGGUUUUGCGACAACUGAAGAGCUGGCUGGAAAAGCUGGAGUGUUAGUGAGCCAAGAAGUUACCAAAAGUCUGGGACCUAAACCAUUUCAGCUGCCGUUCAGACCACAGGAUGACUUGUUAGCCAGAGCGAUUGCUCAAGGCCCAAAGACAGUGGAUGUUCCAGCUUCACUCCCAACACCACCUCAUAACAAUCAGGAGGAAUUAAGGAUCCAGGACCACGGUGGUGGUCGGGACACCCCUGACAGCUUUGUUCCUUCAUCCUCUCCGGAGAGCGUGGUCGGGAUGGAAGUCAGCAGGUACCCGGAUCUGUCACUGGUCAAAGAGGAGCCUCCGGAGCCGGUGCCAUCCCCCAUCAUCCCGAUCCUUCCCAGCCAUCCCGGGAAAGGUUUGGAAUCUAGAAGGAAUGACAUCAAAACUGAACCAGGCACUUUAUUUUUCACAUCACCGUUUGGUUCCUCCCCAAAUGGUCCCAGAUCGGGUCUCAUAUCUGUGGCAAUUACUCUGCAUCCGACAGCUGCUGAGAACAUUAGCAGUGUUGUGGCUGCGUUUUCCGACCUUCUCCACGUCCGAAUUCCUAACAGCUAUGAGGUUAGUAAUGCCCCAGAUGGUCCAUCCGUGGGUGUGGUCAGUAGCCACAGAGUAAACCCAGGUUUGGAGUAUCGACAGCGCUUAUUUCUUCGUGGGCCUCCACCAGGACCUGCAAACCCACCCAGAUUAGCCAGCUCUUACCACCUGAAGCAGCCUAAUGUGCCUUUUCCUCCAGCGAGCAACGGUCUUUCUGGAUACAAGGAUGCUGGUCAUGGCAUCGCAGAAAGUGCGGCCCUCAGACCACAGUGGUGCUGCCACUGCAAAGUGGUUAUUCUGGGCAGCGGCGUGAGGAAGUCGGUCAGAGACCUGGCCUUUGUGAACAAGGAUUUCCGAGAAAGCUCCAGUAGGGUGGAAAAGGACAUUGUCUUCUGCAGUAACAACUGCUUUGUUCUCUAUUCGUCAGCUGCCCAAGCAAAAAACUCGGAGAGCAAGGACUGCAUGGCUUCGUUGCCACAGUCACCGGUCAGAGAGACGCCUUCCAGAGCCUUCCAUCAGUACAGCACCAACAUCUCCACUUUGGAUGUGCGUUGUCUGCCGCAGUUCCAGGAGGCAGCUUCGCCCCCCGCGUCGCCUCCCAUCACGUUCCCUCCUGCUUUUGAGGCCGCCCAGGUCGAGGCAAAGCCCGAUGAGCUGAAAGUCACCGUCAAGUUAAAGCCUCGGCUGAGGACCGUCCACGGCGGCUUGGAGGACUGCCGGCCGAGCGCUAAGAAGUGGCGGGGCAUGAAGUGGAAGAAGUGGAGCAUCCACAUCGUGGUCCCCAAGGGGGCGUUCCGACCCCCCUGCGAGGAGGAGAUCGAUGAGUUUCUGAAGAAACUGGGCACGUCCCUGAAGCCCGACCCUGUGCCCAAAGACUAUCGGAAGUGCUGCUUCUGCCACGAAGAAGGCGACGGCCUGACAGACGGGCCGGCCCGGCUGCUCAACCUCGACUUGGACCUGUGGGUGCACCUGAACUGCGCGCUGUGGUCCACCGAGGUCUACGAGACCCAGGCCGGCGCCCUGAUCAACGUCGAGCUCGCCCUCAGGCGCGGCCUGCAGAUGAAGUGUGUCUUCUGCCACAAGAUGGGGGCCACCAGCGGCUGCCACCGAUUUCGAUGCACCAACAGUUACCACUUCACCUGCGCCGUGAAAGCGCAGUGCAUGUUCUUCCGAGACAAAACCACGCUGUGCCCCGUGCACAAGCCAAAGGGGGUCCACGAGCAGGAGCUGAGCUCCUUCGCCGUCUUCAGGCGGGUCUACGUGCAGCGCGACGAGGUGCGGCAGAUCGCCAGCAUCGUGCAGCGGGGGGAGCGCGACCACACCUUCCGAGUGGGCAGCCUCAUCUUCCACACCAUCGGCCAGCUGCUCCCGCAGCAGAUGCAGGCCUUCCACUCGGCCAAGGCGCUCUUCCCCGUGGGCUACGAGGCCAGCCGGCUCUACUGGAGCACGCGCUACGCCAACCGGCGCUGCCGCUACCUGUGCUCCAUCGAGGAGAAGGACGGGCGCCCCGUGUUCGUGAUCAGGAUCGUGGAGCACGGCCACGAAGACCUGGUCCUGAGCGACACGUCGCCGAAAGGUGUCUGGGAUAAAAUUUUGGAGCCUGUGGCAUGUGUGAGAAAAAAAUCUGAAAUGCUCCAGCUUUUCCCAGCCUAUUUAAAAGGAGAGGAUCUGUUCGGCUUGACGGUCUCUGCAGUGGCGCGGAUCGCCGAAUCACUCCCUGGGGUUGAGGCGUGUGAAAACUACACCUUCCGGUACGGCCGCAACCCGCUCAUGGAGCUUCCUCUUGCCGUCAACCCCACAGGUUGUGCCCGUUCUGAACCUAAAAUGAGUGCCCAUGUCAAGAGGUUUGUGUUAAGGCCUCACACCCUGAACAGCACCAGCACGUCCAAGUCCUUCCAGAGCACCGUCACCGGGGAGCUGAACGCGCCCUACAGCAAGCAGUUUGUCCACUCCAAGUCGUCCCAGUACCGCAAGAUGAAGACCGAGUGGAAGUCGAACGUGUACCUGGCCCGGUCUCGGAUUCAGGGGCUGGGCCUCUACGCCGCCCGGGACAUCGAGAAGCACACCAUGGUCAUCGAGUACAUCGGGACCAUCAUCCGGAACGAGGUCGCCAACAGGAAGGAGAAGCUCUACGAGUCGCAGAACCGAGGCGUGUACAUGUUCCGCAUGGACAACGACCACGUCAUCGACGCCACGCUCACAGGAGGGCCUGCGAGGUACAUCAACCAUUCAUGUGCACCUAACUGUGUGGCUGAAGUGGUGACUUUCGAGAGAGGACACAAAAUCAUCAUCAGCUCCAGUCGGAGAAUCCAGAAAGGAGAGGAGCUUUGCUAUGACUAUAAGUUUGACUUUGAGGACGACCAGCACAAGAUCCCCUGUCACUGUGGCGCCGUGAACUGCCGGAAGUGGAUGAACUGAGUGCAUAUUCCCGGCUGUCUCAGAGGGCGGCUUGUCCCUAGGAAGAAGCGAUUCACACACCAUUUGAAUUUCGCAGACGGAAAGGUGUUUUUGUUUUCUGUUUGAUGACUUUUCGAAAACUAGCUUCUGGGCGUCGCGAUGGCCUCAGCCGGUCGGUCGGUCGGUCGGUCAGUCGGUCGGUCAGUCGGUCAGUCAGUCGGUCGGUCAGUCGGUCGGUCGGGUGGAGGCACCUGCAGAGAGCAGAGCGAAGCAGCAGCUUCCCCGGGGGCUGGGGCUAGAGCGGAACCCCAGAAGGGUCCAGCACUUUUUGUUUCUUUUGCUUUCUUUUUCCUUUUCGUGGGUGGGUUUUGUUUUGGUCUCUCUUUUUCUUUCUUCUUUCUCUUCUUUUUUUUAAAUUUUAGUCUCAUUAAGGAGAAACUUUUACUGGGGCAAAGAGCCGAUGGCUGCCCUGCCCCAGGGCGGGGGCCUUCCUAUGAAUGUAAGACUGAAAUCACCAGCGAAAGGGAGUCGUCCUAAGUGCUGGCCACGGCCUUAUUUGCAAAAGGGGCAGGCCCUCUAAUUUAAAGUGUUUUUAAAUAAAGUAGACACCACUGAACAAGGAAUGUACUGAAAUGACUUCCUUAGGGAUAGAGCUAAGGGAUAAUAACUUGCACUAAAAUACAUUUAAAUACUUGAUUCCAUGAGUCAGUUUAUUGUAGUUUUUGAUUUCUGUAAAAUAAGAGAAACUUUUUGUAUUUAUUAUUGAAUAAGUGAAUGAAGCUAUUUUUAAAUAAAAGUUAGAAGAAAGCCAAGCUGCUGCUGUUACCUGCAAAACUAACAAACCUGUUACUUUGUACAAAUAUGUAAAUAUUUUGAGAAAAAAUUACAGUAUAAAAAUAGUUAUUGACCAAAUGCUACCAGGCUCUGCAGCAGCUCGGGUGCUUAUAAAAUGUUCAUAGGGGUGUUACAAUAUAAUUUUGUUAUUAAAUAUGCCAUUAUAAUUAUGUAAUAACCAAAAUUUCAACCUAGAGUGUUUGGGGUUUUUUGCAAAUUAUGAUCUAUUAGUACUUAAUUGUUUUCUACACCUUACUUCUGACAGAACGGAGUGUAUGCUAUGACUACAACUUUUAUAGCCGUUUUGGUAAUUUAAACUAACUUUUUCAUAUUAUAUUGCUGCAUCCCUACUUCUUCAGUCAGGUUUUUUUGUGCUUACAAUUUGUGAUAACUGUGAAUAACUGCUUAAAAAUACACCCAAAUGGAGGCUGAAUUUUUCUUCAGCAAAAGUAGUUUUGAUUAGAACCUUGUUUCAAGCCACAAAAAAUCAUGUAAAACAUUGCUAGGAUCAUGUAGCAGGAACUGAAAUCUAACUCCAUAGCCUUCUAUUUAACACAAAAAUUUGAAAAAGAAAAAAAAAAAAGACGAGACGUGAUUAUGCUUGCAGCUGCAGGACCCGGCAGUAGCAGCUGCAGGACCCGGCAGUAGCAGCUGCAGGACCCGGCAGUAGGGUCUUGGAAGGUGUAGUUUUAAAAGGUGUUGGUAGGAACUGUUUGUUUACAUUUCUUUGAUAAAAAAACACUGUUUUGUGUUUGCUUGUAGAAACUUAAUCAGCAUUUUGAACCAGGUUAGCUUUUUAUUUUGUACUUAAACUUCUGGUACUGACACUUCGCAGGCUGAGUAUAAAAUGAAGUUUUCGUGUGCACAAUUCAAGUGGGCUGUAAGCUGUCGGUAUGUUCAGUGAUGCAGUUCUGAACUUGUAAUGUAUAUGGCAUGAUGUAUUUUUAUCUUACAGAAUAAAUCAAUUGUAUAUAUUUUUCUCUUGAUAAAUAGCUGUAUGAAAUUUGUUUCUUGAAUAUUUUUCUUCUCUUGUACAAUAUUCUGACAUCCUACCAGUAUUUGUCCUCGGGUUUUUGUUCUGUUUUCUGUUCUGUAUAAUAGUAUCUAAUGUUGGCAAAAAUUGAAUUUUUUGAAGUAUACAGAGUGUUAUGGGUUUUGGAAUUUGUGGACACAGAUUUAGAAGAUCACCAUUUACAAAUAAAAUAUUUUACAUCUA